AUGACGUCCAUCUCCGCGACCGGGCCUACCGACGCUAAAAACCUCAUUCCUACCUCUACUUCUGGCGAAUCGACAUCGUCCGGCGGGACCGUCGUUUCCCCGACUUCCGACAAACAGGCUAAUGACCUGAUCAUGGGAGCUCUGAACCGCAAGAGCGGUGGCGGUGGUCAUCUCAUGCACAAGUCGCCCAGCGCAACUUCUCUUGGGUCGACCAAGACUACCGGAGCUCUCGCGGCCCUGGGUAUGAAAGCGAUGGGUCCCGGACUUGGAGGCUUCAGUGCUGCAGAGCCCACUGUCGUCCGAAGCCAACCGGUCGGAGCGUCUUCGUUCGAGUUGCAUAGGGCAAAGACUGUCGACUUUGACACUUCGCCCCAGAAAGAUACGGGUGGACUCUUUUCUGCAUUUGGUGGGACGAAGGAAAAGGAACGAGGGAGAUCAUCCUCGAAAUCGAAACGGGACAAGUACAAGAUCUUUAGUCGUCGAAGUCUUGCCGCCGGAUCUGCUGGUCUUGGGGGACCUCGAUCGAGGGAGACCUCCCCGGUCGGGGCCUUGUCUGAACACGCCGAAUCGGAUGGGGAGAGCGUUACCAGUAGUUCGCGAGGCUAUCGGCCUAAAUCGACCGCGUUCUCGGCCAAGCGACGUGUCGGUGACAAUGCCGAAGACAGCGAUGAAGACGACGCGUCGGACGAGGACACCGAUGGCGAGACUGAAACGGAUCUGGAUUACGACGAAUCGUCCUUGAGUCACGAGAUUGUUGGCGAGGACGGAUGGGUGGAAGAUGUGUUCGACGAAGAGACGGAGAAAAAUACCGAAGCAAACGCCAUCUACUUUGAGGGAGAUGCCGCUGGGUUGGGUGGAACUGGGGUCCUCGAAGACGCUAACGGUGAAGCGGUCGAAGUCGAAGUUGAUGUUCUGGGCGAGGGGCCCAACGUGAUUCGACCACCCGAACCCGUGUUCCAGCAAUCCACCAUGACACGUCGAGCGCCUUCCCCAGAGGACGAAGGCGGGAAGCGGAAAAAGGCGACCAAAUUUGAGCCCGAGCCCCUCGAGACCAGCCGACCCGAGUUUGGCAGGAACCGAUGUACAAUCAGGAUGACUCAAGGCGACCCCGAUGAAGCGCUCGAGCAGACUGGGACGAAGCUGAGGUCGUAUGUGGUGCUGAGUGAUCUGUCGGAGGAGGCCGGAUACGCUUUGCAGUGGGCGAUAGGUACGGUCGCUCGAGAUGGUGACGAAUUGCUCGUUACCACUGUCAUCGAGACCGAUUCAAAGAGCAAGGUCCGCUUUGCAGUCGACCCUAAAAACCCCAACGAACAAGACCGAGUUGCUAAGCUCCGCGUACAGAAAGAACGACAGGGUAUCGCUCUUCAGCUUGUUCGACAAGUUACCGGUCUAUUGCAGAGGACCAAGUUGAACGUGACCGUCACUUGCCAAGCGAUCCAUUCCAAGAACGCUAGACACAUGCUUUUGGACUUGAUCGACUACCUGGAACCGACUAUGGUGAUUGUUGGAUCGCGAGGUCUUGGUAAACUACAGGGUAUCCUCUUGGGAUCGACCUCGCACUACCUCGUGCAAAAGAGCAGCGUGCCAGUCAUGGUCGCCCGUCGCCGACUCAAGAAACCCUUGCGAAAGACCGACCCGGCUCUUUUGCGUCACGCUCCUCGUGUCUCGCUCGCAGGUGCCUCUAUCGAAAAGAGUGCCUCGACGAAACAAGAGGACGAGAUCCUUGACGCUGAACAGCUCGAAAGGGAGGGUGAGAUGGCGGACCAAGACAAGAAGGAGUCGACGGGCGCAUUCAGUACCGCCUCGUAG